AUGGAAGGGUGGUCUUCUUCUACAAUGAAUAUUUUCGAGAGAAAAAACCCUCUGCUUGUGCUUCCAUUGUUGUGUAUUCUUCUCUUCGCAGGAAUUAAAGCCAAAGCUUUACCAUAUGAUUAUACGGCCAGCAUUGAGUGUCUAGAGAAGCCUCACAAACCUCAAUAUGGUGGAGGUGUUAUCAUAAACCCAGAGCUGAACCAAGGGUUGAAAGGAUGGUCUGUAUUUGGUGGUGCAAAAGUUGAGCAUAGAGAAUUAGGAGGCAACAAAUAUGUGGUCGCUUAUAGCAGAAACCAACCAUUUGAUAGUGUCUCCCAAAAGCUUCAUCUGCAAAAGAACAAGCUCUAUACCUUCUCCGCCUGGACACAAGUGAGUGAUGGAAACGUUCCAGUGUACGCCACAUUCAAGACAUCUAGUGGUACCAAAUUUGCUGGUGCAAUUGUUGCUGAGUCUAACUGCUGGUCCAUGUUGAAAGGAGGUCUCACUGUUGAUGCAUCAGGCCCUGCUGAACUCUACUUUGAGAGCAAGAACACAUCAGUUGAAAUAUGGGUUGAUAGCAUCUCACUGCAGCCAUUCACCCAACAAGAGUGGACGUCCCACCAAGACCAAAGCAUCAAGAAAGCACGUACGGCAAAGUUGAGUAUCAAAGCAGUUGAUAAACAAGGAAAUUCCCUGCCUAAUGCCACAAUCUCCAUCGAACAAAAGGCGUAUAGUUUCCCAUUCGGUUGUGCCAUUAACAACAACAUCCUCACUAACAUUGGCUACAGAAAUUGGUUUCUCUCAAAGGGUUUCAGAGUCACGGUAUUUGAGAAUGAAUUGAAGUGGUACAGCAUAGAGAAGUUUCAAGGCCAGGAGGACUAUUCCCAGGCAGAUCAAAUGGUUCGAUUCGCCAAAGACAACAAUAUAGCAGUCAGAGGACACAACAUUGUAUGGGAUGAUCCAAAGUAUCAAAUGGGAUGGGUCAGUUCACUCUCACCUAGUGAUCUUCUACAGGCUACCCAGAAAAGAGUAAACUCCGUAGUCUCAAGAUACAAAGGUCAGUUUAUUGGAUGGGAUGUUGUUAAUGAGAAUCUGCAUUUCAAUUUUUUCGAAAGCAAACUUGGCAGAAGUGCUUCACGGGCAAUCUUCAAUUUGGCUCAUAAUAUUGACGGAGCAACCACAUUCUUUAUGAAUGAAUAUAACACCAUUGAAGAGAGUGCAGAUAGUCAAUCAUCAUCGGCUCAAUAUCUUCAAAAACUCAGGGAAAUCCAAAUCAUUGGCCGGAAUAUUAAGAUGGGAAUUGGUUUGGAAGGUCAUUUUUCUACUCCAAACAUUCCUUACAUGAGAUCUUCUAUCGAUACCCUUGCUGCCACCGGACUGCCAAUUUGGCUCACAGAAAUAGAUAUUGAGAACUCUCCGCAACAGGCAAGUUACUUGGAGAUGGUUCUGAGAGAGGGAUACUCACACCCAAAAGUCAAUGGGAUUGUAAUGUGGGCGCCAUGGGAUCCAAAGGGAUGUUACAGGAUGUGUUUGACAGACAACAAUUUCAGAAACUUAGCCACAGGACACGUUGUCGAUAAGCUAUUGUACGAGUGGGGGGGUCGCAAGACAUUAUCUGCCAAAACAGAUGCUGGAGGUGUCUUUGAGACUUCAGUUCCUCAUGGAGAUUAUCAAGUUAAACUCACUCAUCCAACCUCAUUGGCUUCCUCUUUGUCUCGGAGCAUCAACGUUGUUUCAACAAAUUCAUCGGAGAAAACAACAUUGUUUCUCCAAAUUUAG